CUUAAAUUAUUAGCGUUGAGGUCAUGUUGCACUUGGAGAAAACAUGGCAAAUACUAUACUAUUCUCCUUCCUUGACAAACAAAGAAAAUUUUGUUAAUCACACUGACUGUACUAUGAAUAUGAUAAUCAAUUGUCUAAACUUCCAAGUGCGCCGUAUUCCUAAGCUUAGGCUUUCAAUCUGAAUUUCUGAAUUCUCUGCUGCUGAAAAAUGAAACUGAGUCCAAGGGAGAUCGAGAAACUAGACCUGCAUAAUGCAGGCUACCUUGCACAGAAACGCCUUGCUCGUGGUUUAAGGCUCAAUUAUGUUGAAACUGUGGCUCUCAUAGCAACACAGAUUUUGGAAUUUGUUCGUGAUGGUGAAAAGACUGUUGCACAGCUAAUGUGCAUUGGGAGAGAACUUCUGGGAAGGAAACAAGUUCUUCCAGCUGUUCCUCAUCUUGUUGAAAGUGUUCAGGUUGAAGCCACCUUUCGAGAUGGUACUAAGUUAGUCACCAUUCAUGACCUAUUUGCUUGCGAGAAUGGAAACCUUGAACUAGCAUUAUUUGGUUCUUUUCUUCCAGAUUUGCAGAAACACAAACUGCAAAUUGAAGCCCCUACUCACAUUAUUAGUAUCUCUCUCUUAUGGGUGGAAACUGGGUCUACAGUACCUUCACUUGACAAGUUUACAGAGAACGAAGAAGAUCAUAGAACUCCAGGUGAAAUCAUAUGUAGAAGUGAAAAUCUGAUUCUUAACCCCAGAAGGAAUGCAAUAAUUCUCAGAGUUGUCAACAAGGGAGACAGACCAAUUCAGGUUGGCAGCCACUAUCAUUUUAUUGAAGUAAAUCCUUAUUUAACCUUUGAUCGAAGGAAAGCAUAUGGCAUGCGCCUCAAUAUAGCUGCUGGGAAUGCCACACGCUUUGAGCCAGGGGAAUGUAAAAGCGUUGUGCUUGUAAGCAUUGGAGGUAACAAAGUCAUCAGAGGAGGUAAUAACAUUGCCGAUGGUCCAGUUAAUGAUUCUAAUUGCAGAGCAGCCAUGAAAGCUGUGGUCACAAGGGGAUUUGGACAUGUGGAAGAGGAAAAUGCUAGGGAAGGUGUUACUGGAGAAGACUAUUCAUUAACUACAGUAAUUUCUCGAGAGGAAUAUGCUCACAAGUAUGGCCCUACAACUGGUGACAAAAUCCGUCUUGGUGAUACUGACUUGUUUGCUGAAAUUGAAAAAGAUUUUGCUGUCUAUGGUGAUGAAUGUGUUUUUGGAGGUGGGAAAGUCAUAAGAGACGGAAUGGGUCAAUCAAGUGGCCAUCCACCUGAGGGCUCCUUGGAUACUGUUAUAACAAAUGCUGUGAUCAUUGAUUAUACUGGAAUUAUCAAAGCAGAUAUCGGUAUUAAAGAUGGACUGAUCAUCUCAACAGGAAAAGCAGGAAAUCCAGACAUUAUGAAUGAUGUAUUUCCUAAUAUGAUAAUUGGGGCUAAUACCGAAGUUAUUGCUGGAGAGGGCUUGAUUGUGACAGCUGGGGCUAUAGAUUGUCAUGUGCAUUUUAUAUGUCCUCAAUUAGUAUAUGAUGCCGUAACAAGUGGUAUCACAACAUUAGUGGGAGGAGGAACAGGACCAGCUGAUGGAACACGUGCUACAACUUGUACACCAGCACCAAAUCAGAUGAAAUUGAUGCUACAAUCAACAGAUGACAUGCCUUUAAACUUUGGUUUCACUGGAAAAGGGAAUAGUGCCAAACCUGAUGAACUGCAUGAAAUAAUCAGGGCUGGAGCUAUGGGACUGAAGCUGCAUGAGGACUGGGGAACUACACCGGCUGCAAUAGACAGUUGUUUGACAGUUGCAGACCAAUAUGAUAUCCAGGUUAACAUACAUACUGACACCUUAAACGAAUCUGGAUUUGUUGAACAUACAAUUGCUGCAUUUAAAGGAAGAACUAUUCAUACUUACCACAGUGAAGGAGCUGGUGGUGGCCAUGCUCCAGAUAUCAUAAAAGUAUGUGGUGAGAAGAAUGUCCUACCCUCAUCAACAAAUCCCACACGUCCUUAUACACAUAAUACCAUAGAUGAGCAUCUCGACAUGUUGAUGGUCUGCCAUCAUCUUAAUAAGAAUAUUCCAGAAGAUGUAGCUUUUGCUGAAUCAAGAAUAAGAGCUGAAACAAUUGCUGCUGAAGAUAUUUUACAUGACAAGGGGGCAAUUAGCAUUAUAUCAUCUGAUUCACAGGCUAUGGGUCGAAUUGGAGAGGUGAUAAGCAGAACCUGGCAAACUGCUGAUAAGAUGAAGUCACAAAGAGGACCACUGCAGCCUGGUGAAGACAAUGACAACUUUCGGAUCAAGCGUUAUGUUGCAAAGUAUACCAUAAAUCCAGCUAUAGCGAAUGGUUUGUCGCAAUAUGUUGGUUCAGUUGAGGCGGGUAAGUUGGCUGAUCUUGUAUUAUGGAAGCCGUCAUUUUUUGGAGCAAAACCAGAAAUGGUGAUCAAAGGUGGUGAGGUUGCAUAUGCUAACAUGGGUGACCCAAAUGCAAGCAUCCCAACACCUGAACCGGUGAUUAUGAGGCCUAUGUUCGGAGCAUUUGGCAAGGCUGGUAGUUCACACUCCAUUGCUUUUGUGAGCAAGGCAGCUUUGGACGAAGGGGUGAAAGCUUCAUAUGGACUUAACAAGAGGGUGGAAGCUGUGAAGAAUGUGAGGAAGCUCACCAAACGAGACAUGAAACUGAAUGACACUCUUCCACAAAUCACUGUGGACCCAGAAACAUACACAGUUACAGCAGAUGGAGAGGUUCUCACCUGCACCGCAGCCAAGACUGUUCCUCUUUCCCGAAAUUACUUCCUCUUUUAAGCUCCAGCUAUGUGUUCAAUAGACAAUUUUAUUAUUGGCAAAAAACAAUAAGCAAGCAUGCACAUUAUCAUCACAUUUUUGGAUAGCCAAAAUUAAUAAUUUCUUUCCUGCUCCCAUAUUUGGUUGCCUGAUUGCAUCCUACGACUAGACUAUAUUUUACUAUUUUAUAAAUAAUUUAUGUUCAAGGUUUGUGAGUA